AUGGCGGAGGAGCUCCGGACCCUGAACGCGGAUCUGCUGGCCAUCAGGGGGGCGCUGGAGGCGGAUGGCCCCGUGGGGACCCCUGCCGCGGCCCUGCGGGGGAAGCUGGCCCAGGAGUUCCUGGCCGCGGUUCACGGUUUCCACGCCCGGUUCGCUCAGUGCCGGCGGAUGCAGGCGGUGGCCCCCGGCGAGCUGGAGACCCGGCUCCAGGAGGUUUCCGGGGACCCUGGCUGCUGGUUCUACAUCGGCUGCACCCGGGCGCUGACGCACUAUCUCUGGGAGGCUGGGCCGUGGGGCCGGGCCUGGCAGCACAGGGCAGCUGGCUACGAGAAAACCUGCACCUACUACUGCCGGCCGGGGCCGGGGGCCGGGCUCUGCACCGUGAGGCACCUGCUGGGCCGGUUCUGUGGCACCCACCCCCGCUGCCUCAACGCCUCGCGCGUCAGGAACGGCCCAGUUGGCAUCGUCUUCCUGGUGACCUAUGCCCGGCGGGGCAGCCGGCCGGGGGAGCCCGCCGAGGACAUGGAGGUGGCGCUGCGCGGCAUCGCUGCCCACUUCCGCCACCGGGGGGCGCCGGCGGACGAGCUGGUGCAGUUCCUCAAGGACGACUUCCGCCAGCUGAUGGGGCGGUACCCGGGCUACCUGGCGCAGUGCCAGGCCAUGAGCCAGAUCCCCCCGGCGCACUUCCCGGAGCGGGCCCGGGAGAUCCUGGCGGGGCUGGGGCCGGCGGAGGGGGUCCUGGCGGGCACGGUGCCGGCCGGGGUGGUCUCCAUGCGGCCCUGCCUGUGGGAGGUGGGGGCGGGCGAGGCGCAGGCCGGCGAGAAGCUGCACACCUACUUCACCAGGCUGGACGGUGCCCUCGACGCCAAGCAGCUGCUGGAGGAGAUCUGGGGCCACCCCCGCUGCCUCAACAGCCGCCGGCGCUGGGGGGGCAGGCGGGCCCUGAGCGAAGGGGCCGACCUGGUGCCACUGCCCAGCCCCGAGCGCGUGUGGCUGGGGCGUCCGGACCCCCGGCCAUCGCCCGUGCCAGCAGCUAACCGCGAGCGGGGCCCCUGGAGGAGUCGGCUCUGCGGGCGCCUGGACGAUCUGCCCCCCGGCUGGCACCUUGGUGGCUGUCCCGGUGCCCGGGGCCUGGGCGAGCCUUGGAAACCGAGCCGGGCGGCUGAGAUCUGCCGCGCUCUGCACCCAGCCGGGCAGGAGCAGCUGCUGGGGCUGGGGAGGGGCGUUACAGGCCUGUCCGAGGCAGCCCUGGCCUGCUAUUUAAGGCCGCCCAGAUGGACGUGCACAGCGCAUGGAGGAGACGCAGCACAUCCGACCGGCGCGUUCCUCGUCUCCACCGACCCCUCCCCGGUGACGGGGCUCCUGGGCUCCGACCUGCUCCUGACCUGCAGCUUCCCCGCGGCCCCGCGUGGGGCGGGCGAGGGGGACGGGCAGCUGCGGGUCAGCUGGCACUUCCAGGGGAGCAGAGUGGCUGAGCUGGACGGGAUCCCCAUCAGCACCCGGGUGGGCGCCAUCCUGUUCUCCCAGCAGCAGGGCCACGCCCAGGCCUCGCUGCUCCUGCCCCGCGUCACGCCGGCCGACCAGGGCCCCUACCGCUGCUCCGUCCGCUACGCCGGGCAGCACGGGGAGGGGACGGUCCGGGUGCAAGUGGCAGCGCUGCCGCGGGUCGAGGUGCCCAGCCCCGUGGUGCAGAGGGACGAGGACAGCGCCCUGGUGUGCUGCGUGCGGGGGUUUUACCCCCAGCACAUCGCAGUGUCCUGGCUCCGGGACGGGCAGGAGCUAAACGCCUCCUUCGUCUCUGCCGCGCGCCGGGGGCACCGGGACGGGACCUUCAGCCUGGUGACCGUCUACAGAUUGACCCCCACGGAGCGGGAUCUGGGGGCGCUGUUCUCCUGCCGGGCACGACACCCCCUGCUGAACCAGUCCCGCCAGGCCGACUUCCGGAUCGGCUUCAGGGCUGGUGGCCUGGAGAUGGGGCUCAGGGUCGUGCUGUGGAUGCUGCGAGCGUCACUGCUGCUGGCCAUGGCCAUGGGGGGCUGGCUCUGCUGCGACACCGGCAGCCGGCCGAGGAAGAUGGUAGAACAGGCGAUGGAGCAGGCGACGCAGCGGAUCUGGGACCCCCUGUGUCAGAGGUUCCAGCGGGCUCGGGAGGCGAUCUCCUCAUGGAGCAGAUAGGAGGAUCCCACCGCUGCCUGCAGCACCUUCACUCUCCGUCCCCGCAGCGCUGUCCGUGCCUCCCGCACCCCCUCGGCCUGUGGCCUCCUGCGCUCCGGCCUCCCAGCCGCCAUGUGCAGCACCCUGCCCUUUCUGCUCCGGGGUGUGACUGAGCUGCCGGCUGCAGCAGGAGCUCUCUGCACAGACGCAGCCUGUGUCCCCUCUGCUACCGUCACAGACUUGCGUGGUCGCCCCCGUGUCCCCGGCCCCUCGCUGUGUCCGGUGUGGGGCUGGGGUGUGGUUUUCUCUCUGGUCAGCGCUCAGGCCAGCAGUGAAGCCGUCUCUCUGCACGCCCUCUGCAGCUGUUGUUACUGGGCUGUGACCCCUCCCUGAUCCCCGCGGACCCUUCUGCUGGGAACCAGCGCUCGGGUCAGGUGUCGCCUGGGACCGGCUGGGCCCUGCUACUCCCUGCCUGGCAUCCUCAGGGCACACACACGUCAACCUUUGACCCACGACCUGAGCUCAGGAGAUCUGCGAAUGAUCAUUUAUAUCUCAGAACGAGUUCAGCUGCUUGAUAAAUUCGUGCAAAUAAAACUAACAGUGCAAAUAUUUCCCCAGCUUCAA